AUGCCGUCUCCUCGUAAAGAGAAGCUUGCUUUGAUGAACCACGAUGGCUUGAACUCAUCAGCGAAUAGUUUUAAUCUUCCUAAGCCUCCAUCGAGAGGUCUGGUUGGAACCCCAACUAAACAUGGCUCAAAAGGAACGACAAAUAAUAAUAGUGCCACAGCACUUCAGAAUAUUGGUUUCACUUCUGAUAAGGAAAAUCUCACUCCUGUUUCUAAUACCUUUGCUAAGACCAUGGACAGCAAUAAACCUAAAGAUGUUUCGUCUGAUGCAUCGAAACGUCUCAACGUUCUCAGUCCUAAAUUUGAAAAUGGAAUUUACCAACCGACUCCUAGUUUUGAGACCACAUUGCGUUCGCCCCAGAAAUCUAGUACUAUUAAGCCAAAUACUGUUUCAAACGCAAAAUCGUACGGAGGUAUGAAGGAAAAUGGUUAUGUUUUACGAGUUGAAAGCGACCAAUCUAUUUCAAGACCCCAGGGCAUUUCACAAUUCCACAUGCAACAAGUCUCAACCCCGUCCCAUACUUCUUCAGCUAAUGAGACUGUCAAAGAAAUUCAAACUAGCAAGAGCAUUGCUGAUAUUACAAAUAAAGAUAAUACCAAACCUACAAUUAGUGGAUCCUCAUCUCAACAGUCCACUGGUGAUCUAAUAAACUCUAGUACACCUAAGGUUGCCCCGACAGUUUUCCCCAGUACUGCUUCUGUGGAUGACGAUGAAGAUGAAGAUGAGUUCAUUGAUGCUAAAGAGGACAAUAAUGACAGUUCAUUUCUUGCAAUAAGCCAAUCCAUCAGAAAGACAAAUAUUCCAGAGAAUAAAGCAAUUGAGAGGUACAGCUUUUUGUCCAUUAAGCAGAUAGCCUCAAAUCAAGGACCAUCAUCCACCCAAAUGGGAAAAUUGGAAGGCCAGAUAUCUUCUCCAAAACCAGGCUCAUACGAAUCUGACGACUCGUUGGACAGUUCGCCUGUAUCCCGAAAUACUUUUGCAUUUGCAAGUUUACCAGCUAGAGAACCACUUACUAAGAAAUCGUUGUCCAAGAUUCUCUCCGAUUCACCUGAGUUCUCUAGACACAACUCGAUUGCAGCAGAAGCCGACAGAGCCUUGCGAUUACAAGCUAGUUCUGAGAGAUCUGAGGGACUGCCAGCAGAGAAGAGCGAGGUUCCACCACCACCCAGCGAUGCACCAAAGCGAGAAUCUAUCCCGACAAAGCCUAUUCCAGUAGUGAAACCAACCGUCCGCUCUAGUGUUAUUAAGAACAUUGUAGCCCAAGAAAAUAUCGGUACCUACUCGGCGAUCAAACAAUCGACACAAGCGUCUCAGCGUGUAAGUAGUGUGAAUUCCACAAAGUCAGUAACUCAGAGCAGCCAGCCUACUGCUGAAUCAGUUUCAUCUUCAAAGCUACCUCAAAAAGUCACCGAAACACCAAAGAGACAGUUAGCAGAAGUAAAAGCUCCUGAUAGUGGCAACAGUCUUAUGUCCAGGACUGCUGGAGGUGUUUUGAGAUUUGCAAAGCAGCUUUUCUUUGAGCCCUCGCACGACAAGAUUAAGACUUUACCGGAAGUGCAGCCAACUCCAGCACCGUCGUCAAAACAGGAUACAUGGUCAAGGCUGAUGGCACCCACCUAUGCCAGUACUAGAAAGAAUCUCAACACAUCUCCAGUAAGAAUUCCGUCAUCUGAAGCACCCAGUGUCACAGCUCCACCUAGUCCUAGUCCCUCCUUUGGUGGAGCCAAAUCCACAGUUCAUGUUCUUCCUCCGUCAACUACGUCAACUACGAAAUCAUCCAAUAUUACAGCUGAUGCACCUCCAUCGCCCACUAAGAGUUUACAUCGAGAACCUUUUAAGCAUACGCCGGUGCCGGUGAAAUCUCAACCCCCAACGGUAAAACCACCUUCCAAGCCGGUAAUACCAGCUUCUGCUGCUAAGCCUGCGGCAAACAUAUCUAAAGCAGCUCCAAAAGUAUCCACUACAGCAUCGGCUGCAACCAGUAUUACGGUGACAACGUCAUCUCAGGCAGCCGUAGUUAAAGGGUCGAAUGUCAAGCUCACAAAACAGCAACUCCAACCGAAACAACAGCCUUCAAGUCAGCCGAAGGUCACCUUGAAACUUCCUCUUACCGGGAGAAAAGAUCCCAUGGCUGAAAAUAAAGGAACAAAUACAAAUACUUCUGUUUCUGGAAACUCAGCUUCUGCAUCGCUUAACCUUACAAGUAGCACAAGUUCUAGAGGAAACCCGGUUAUUGGACCGGGUACUUCUUUGAAUCCCAAAGCUCAAAGUAGACCAAUAGCACCUGCCACUAUCAAAAAAGACAUACCGAGCACAACUCAUCCAAAAGUACCGCCAUCCUCUAAUAUUCAGUCGAUAAGCAAGCCAACGAUUCCAGUAUCAGGUGCUGCUGACAGUGCUACUUCGCAACCGAGAAUUAUACAAAAAGCUCGCUUUGAUCAAGAUAAAUCAAAGAAGCGUACAUCUGAUCAAGCCUUUACUACUCCUAUGCCGGAGCGUUCAGGCGUCCUAACUUCAGGUGGACUUAAGAAAGCUAAAACCCCAGGGCUGACUAAGACUCCUUCUACUGCUAGCACCUCUACACUGGGAAUGGUAGGCUCUCAACUCAAGAAGCCAUCGCAUGCCACUUCAGGUUCAAUGAUGAAGUCUACAUUACUCCAACAGGCCAAGGUAGUUGCUUCCAAUAGUAUCCCACAGGUUGAAGGAGUUAAAUUUUCAAACGACAAAAUUCGAUUUGGAGGUCAAUCAUCCACAGCUACGACGCCUGGACAAACUUCCACAAAGACACCAAGUACCCUCAGACAAGUCACAAGCAUCAACAGUAACAGCAAGCCUCAUGGACUUAUAUUUACUCCCCAAGCUCAGCAACAGCGACAACAGCUGAUGCUGCCAGAGACGAUCCUACCAGAAAUCAUGUCAGAGUCGGAAGAUGACGACGAUGGUAACAUUCUCCAGGAUUGGGCCAACUCACCAGAGUUGAGAUCAAUGCUCAUCAGGCAACAAAAGAUCGAUCCUGAUCAGGUAUUCGGACCCAUUGCCCCUCUGCAUAUGGACGAGAUUUUUAAACAGUCGCGGGUAUCUAGAUUUAGACCCCGUAGUUCUUCGGCUAAUUGGUCGGGACAAGACAGGUUGACUCAGCAAGAGAUUGAACGGUAUGCUCAAGAAAUGGGCUAUAGGAAGGACUAG